AAAGUGAGUUCCACUAAUGAUGAUGGUCGUUUACCAGAUACUUGGUGCUAUGGUGUUGUUGCCUGGCACGUACGUUGUAGUAAGAAUGACAGGAAAAUGAAAUACAGAACGUAGACGCUCAGAGUUUCGUGUUUAAACUUAUAGUUGAUUUUGUUUUAAGUAAUCAAAGCAUCUAAACACCGAUUCUUAUAUUUUGGGCUUUUCGAACUCUCAAGUUGGGAAUAUUACCGUUACGAAAAUCAUUCUAAGGACUUAUCGGAUAUAAGCUAUUGUUCGUUCUAUUCAGGGUUCCCUACUGUUACUAGCAGUUUUUGACAUGUCAGUGCUUUUGGAAACUUCUCUUGGCGACCUGGUCAUUGACUUGUGUAUCAACGAGGUCCCUACUACAUGCAACAAUUUCUUAAAGCUUUGCAAGCUUAAGUACUACAACUUUGCACCAUUUUAUAAUGUACAGAAAAACUUUAUUUGCCAGACUGGCGAUCCCAUAGGACCGACAGGAAAUGGGGGUAUCUGUGCAAAAGGGUUAAUGAAAACCGGUGAUAGAUUCUUUCCAGCGGAGUUCAAUGAACGCUUGACUCAUCAGGCUCGAGGUACAGUCAGCAUGAGUACGGCUACUAUUCGCAACAGUGAAGGUGAAGAAGUAAUAGGAUGUGGAAGCCAGUUCCUUAUAACAUUGGGUGAAGGGCUGCAUAAUUUGGACGAACGGUAUCCAGUUUUUGGUUACAUUGCAGAGGGUUUUGAAACCCUAGAUAAAAUUAACAGCACCUUAUGUGAUGAAGAGGGUCAGCCAUUUAUGGAUGUACGUAUAAAACACACAAUCGUUUUAGAUGACCCAUUUGAAGAUCCACCCGAGCUUGUCAUUCCAUCACGGUCUCCUUCACCCACGCCAGAGCAACUUGCAACAGUGAGAAUAGGUGACACGAAUGUUAUAAACGAAGAAGAGCCAGAAGAGGUUCAAAAAGCUCGGUUGGCUGAACAAGAAGCACAAGCCCAAGCUUUAACACUUGAAAUGGUUGGCGACCUACCUUUUGCCCACGUUGCUCCUCCAGAAAACGUUCUCUUUGUCUGUAAAUUAAAUCCUGUGACUCAGGAUGAGGAUCUUGAACUCAUAUUUUCUCGAUUCGGAAAAAUCGUGUCUUGCAAGAUUGUAAGAGAUAAAAAAACAGGAGACAGCCUGCAGUACGCAUUCAUUGAAUUCGACAAUAAGGAAAGCGUGGAGCGUGCUUACUUUAAAAUGCAGAAUGUUCUUAUUGACGACUCGCGCAUUCACGUCGACUUUUCACAAAGUGUCGCUCGUUAUCGCUACACUGACAGGAGAAAAACUAAUGAGCGGGAUUAUCAUCGCACAAACGACCAGAGAGAACGUUCUCCUCAACGGCAUUCUUACAGACGCACCCGUAGCCCACCGCGGUCGGCUUCCUCAUAUCGGCCCUCACACAGAAACCGGUAUGAAGAUGACGAAGAAGAAUCUCGGAUCCGCCAUUCUCGUCGGUCAUAUAGGCCACAUAGGAACGGCCACGAUCAGUCGCAUUCUGAAAGAUACGAACGAAGAAGCUACCGUAGAUAAAACAAAUGUGCUAUCAAACUCUAACCUCAGAAAUGCCGAGCUGCGUCGUAGCAAGCGGCAAGAGAGAUACGCCUAGUUUUCAGUCUGCACACGAGGACCAAUGCAGGUAAAAAACAUUGUACGGGUAAUCUCCAUCAUAGCCGCUCUCUUAUGAGGAAAAUUGAACUCCAGGCGUUUAGCAUAGUUCUCGCGAGUGAGGUACUGGAUGAAUUUAUGAUUGUCGAUGCGAGGCUCUAACAACACACGCUGGGUGCGACAAUCCAUUAAAAAUAGCAUGUGUGUGAUGCUUGAAAUCCAGACGGGCACUCUGUGGGGACCCCGGAGUUUCUCAUUGCCCACAAGAGCAUGAAAGCCACGAUCGUGAGCGUGCAGAGGUUGUGCAAAAGGCGCCAAACGAUCCUCCGGAACCCAAUAUAUCUCAAAGUAACCGAAGGGUUGGUCAUUAAAAUAUCCAAUAACAGAAUAGCAGUGAGGAUCGUUUUGCAUCUUCUGAAUGUACUGUAUAUGCGCAUCCAUAGUGCCGGCCUCCGACCAGAAGUAGUUUACGCGGGGAUUGUUUUGCCAUUCAUGGAAGAGAGGAAUGUGCUUGCUAAUGUCAAAGGCGACAAACGAAAUUGUCUCUUCCAGAGAAGGGAUCCAUCGACGAUAUAAAACAGUUCCUGGUGCUGGAGCAGGAGGACGGCGUAUUACUUGAUUACGGAGAUAUGAUAAGGGCCAUUCUGGUGAACUGUUAACUAACCACGGUUCCUUUAUUUGCCAGAAGGUGGUUCUAUCAGCACUUAGGGAUAAAUUCUCCUUAUUAAUUUCAACGGGUAGUGUUACAUUGCGAAUCAAGUUUUCAUCUGCAGCAAUAUAAACUUCAUUAGAGUAAGAGUGAUACAAAGUAAAAAAGGCAUAUAAAGCGAGGAAUACAUUCUCAUCUGCAUUUAAAGAGGGAUUCACGGGACUCAAUCUCCAGGUAUUUGGUUUCCCUGACGCCAGUAAACCGAGUUCUCCAUUCUUACCGGUCACUGAGAAGCAGUCUGCCUCAGAGGACUUGAUCUCGUAAUAUUCACCCUUGUAUUCGAUUUUCAUUACAGCGUGAAGGUCACCAGGAGUUCAAUAUUUUAGUGUCGUAUUUGUACUAAUGUUACAACGUAAAGGAAAGGUAGCUAAGAGGGG